AUGGAUCAUCAUGAUACGAAAGAGUCUCCUUUCAUUGGGAGUAGAGCUAACGUUUUGAUGCUUCACGGACAUGGGCAAUCAGGCAGAACUUUCCAAAUCAAAACUCGCUUUUUAUUGAAGCCCCUUCGAGAGGCAAUCUCAGGAGCUCUGUCCGGCGUGAAUGAUCAGUUAUUACCUCCAGGCAAUAUCGAAUUCUUCUACCCAGACGGGACAUUACCAGCCCAGAUACCCGAGACUCAUGAGCACAUAAUCUCUGAGUCAGAACCCAAAGAGGAUGAUGAGAUCCUUGAUCAAUGGACCUGGGCCUAUGGUGAUCAUAGAGGUGAAAAAAUCAUUGGUUUUGAAGAAUCGAUUCAAUAUGUUCUAGACCUACUCCAUAAGCACGGUCCAUUCAUCGGAAUCAUUGGAUUCUCAACAGGUGCAGCUCUUGCUGCCAUUACCGCUUCAUUAUUGGAACAGGACCGGCGAGUCAGGAAUAGCUGCUUUGAGGUUCGGCACCCACCUUUACACUUCGCAGUCUGCUACAGUGGAUUCAAGCUCUCGCAUAAGAAGUACAGAUCUCUUUACUAUCCGAAAAUAGAAACACCGAUACUGCAUUAUAUCGGCACUCUUGACUCGUGGAUUUCUGAGUCCCAGACAUUAAAGCUUGCAAAAAGAUGUCGUUAUGUCAAAAUUGCAUAUUUCAUGGGUACUCAUUUUGUUCCACGAAGCAGAGGAAUGCUUGAGAUCCUGGUCCAUUUUGUGACUGAGUCUUGCGGUGGUCGUGAAGAUGAAAGCAUAGAAAGUCUUGAAAGUGACUGGGUGGAUAUCUAG